GAUAAGCUUAUUAUUUUCGGUCUCGCAUGUUUGGCAAGCAACGAUCUGUAUCAGCAUUAUUAUCCGUAAUUCAUUAUAAUUUCUUGACUACAUUUAACAUAUUCUUGCAUUUAUCGUGAAAGUUCAUUUUUUCAUAAUAAUCGGAACAAAGUCAUCAAAUAGACAAUUCAGGCUAAGUACCUUCAAAAUUACCUGUAAAUGAUGCAUACGUAAGUACUCAACCUUCUUUAGAAAAUCCGUUUUCUCAUACAUUUUACUAAAAAUUUACAAAGUGUCUUUGUUAUUCUUUUUUCCAACUAUUAAAACUCUACUUUUUCUUUGCAAAAUUAACAAGGAAAGCGAUCAGGUUUUAAUAAUAAUUAUGUUGAUAGUAAAAAAGGGUGCGACAUGAUUGCACACGAUUACACUCGAGUAUGGAGGUUUCCCUAGGGAAAGGGGCAUCACUAUUUGCUAUAAUACUUGAAAUCUAUUACUUGAAAGAUUUGAAUGUACUUCUUCUACGCCUGAGUAUACUAGCAAGUACCGUUUAUCUUGUUUACAGUAUUCAUUAACUAUUAGAAAUAUACUCAAACCCCGUCACUUAUUGACACUUUCACAAAACAAUUCCAUUUUCACGCACUCAAUUCCAAUAGAGAUCCUCCGCUAGCGUGACUACGUACCGGCCGAGCACGUAUCACAUAACCCGAAGAGAUGGCCUGAAUGCCUUUUUUUGUCGUGUACCGUUACCGUAGAAUAACUUCGGUUCUGUGAUCAUGGUUACUACCACUUAUUUCGCUUUGUCCCCAUCGUUCACCUGCUCGAUCGUGCUCUAUCGAUGACGAACUUUGAAACUAGAAUAAGAACGGUACGAGUUUCUCCCGCCUAAAAGGCGAUUCGUUCAGUUCUCAUUGCUCGCUCUUCGGGUUCAGUCGAGGCAGUUUACAUCUAUGCAAACGAAGAAUUAAUUCAUCGACAAUCGAAAAAGUAUUCGACGGAAGUGAUUAACGUGUCGGAAGUGCAACAUGAGAGUUACGCUCGCCCUCAUGGUAAUUCUUCUUGCUUGUCUUGGCAUUCAAUGCGUUGAGAGCCGGGCAAAGAAAACAACACAAGUCUCUCUGCAAAGCAAAGAGACUAAUGUGGUUAACUUUAUGAGAAUACUUAUGAUGAGGCUCGUAUUCGGAAUCGCUUCGACGAUGGGCCUCGGCGAAAAUCUUUCCGAUGUACUUGGGGGAAUAUUUGUACCACCUGGAGCAGACGAUUACAGUGAUUACGGCGAUGAUGAUCUUGUACCAGAUUUAUUUUAAUGAUUCUGCAUAUUAGCACCUAAUUCAAGUACAUUACACAUAAAUUUAUAUAAAGAUCAGUUUUCUCUAAUAUUAUGUAUUAUCUUAUUUUAUUAUUCAAUGCGUAAACAGAAUUAAUAUCUGAAAAUUAGUUCUGUUUGGUUUUGUGUUUUUUGUAUCUAAAUGAAGUAUGACUUGCAACGCAUUUAAAUUUCGCGCACUAAUUGUACUCUUUUCGCGCCAAUUCCAGUUAUGACAGACUGGCUGAAAUGUAAGGAGAAUAUCAAUAAGUGUAAUCCAUUUAAAUCAUGCAUUUGCAUUCAUCACUGCUGCGCCCUAAAAUUGAUUCACAAUGAGGCCUUUACCAAGUUUUUUUCUGUACCGUUAUUUGUCAUAAUUUGCGAAUCAGUAUGUACAUGUAGAAGUUACAUUAAUUAAUAAUGUUUUAUAGACAAUUAUUUUCACUUGUUUUCCGUAUUA